UCGGGGCGGGCGGUUGCUGCCUGCUCCUUGCCUCCGCCCUCGGGGAGGGGGAGGCCGGUGCCGGGGCGAGCAGCGGGUGAUGGGGAAGAGGCGAGCGCAGCGCUGAGGUCCUGCGGGGCCGGAUGAGCGGAGGCUCGGCGUCGCGGCGGUGGCGGCGGGGCUGGAGGAGGGGGCGAAGGAGGCAGUAGGGGCGGCCUCCACUCCGGCUGCCCUGAGGGGAAGGAGCCCCCGACCAUGGAAAUCGAGAACAUCGUGGCCAACACGGUGCUGCUGAAAGCCCGGGAGGGCAAACGGAGUGGGCGUAGUAAAAAAUGGAGAGAGAUGCUGAAGUUGCCACCUGUUAGUCAUUGUGAAGGUAUUAGAUGCUCAAUCGAAAGAGACUAUAACCAGCUUUGUGACAAACAGCCAAUAGGAAGACUUCUCUUCAGACAGUUCUGUGAUUCCAGACCAGAUUUGAAAAGAUGCAUUGAAUUUCUGGAUGCAGUGGCAGAAUAUGAGGUAUCUUCAGAUGAAAAGCGUAUAGACUGUGGCCUGAAAGUUCUAGAGACAUACUUCACUAAUGGGUCUGCAGCACACUUGCCAGAAAUACCUCAGGAAACAGUAAAUGAAUGUAAAGCGAGACUGGAAAAGAACCCUUCUAAGGAUCUUUUUAUGGACUGUACUAGAAUUGUCCAUGAAUACCUAAGCAGAAGCCCUUUUGAAGCUUACCAAGAAAGUGUGUAUUUUUCCCGUUUUUUACAGUGGAAAUGGCUGGAAAAGCAACCAGUAACCAAACACACAUUUAGGCAUUACCGAGUACUAGGCAAAGGCGGAUUUGGAGAGGUGUGUGCCUGUCAAGUCCGGGCAACAGGAAAAAUGUAUGCUUGUAAAAAGCUAGAAAAAAAGAGAAUAAAGAAGAGAAAAGGAGAAUCAAUGGCUCUAAAUGAAAAAAGAAUUCUAGAAAAAGUGAAUAGUAGGUUUGUAGUUAGUUUAUCCUAUACGUAUGAGACGAAAGAUGCCCUGUGUUUAGUAUUAACUAUAAUGAAUGGAGGGGAUCUGAAGUUUCACAUAUAUAACAUGGGAAAUCCUGGCUUUGAUGAAGAAAGGGCUAUUUUCUAUGCUGCAGAACUGUGCUGUGGUCUGGAGGAUUUGCAGAAGGAGAGAAUUGUUUACAGAGACUUGAAGCCUGAAAAUAUACUCCUUGAUGACUGCGGACAUAUCAGAAUUUCAGAUCUUGGAUUAGCUGUGCAGAUUCCAGAAGGAGAAACGGUCCGAGGGCGGGUUGGGACUGUUGGUUACAUGGCUCCAGAAGUGCUCAAAAAUGAAAAGUACACAUUCAGCCCGGAUUGGUGGGGUCUUGGGUGCUUGAUUUAUGAAAUGAUUGAAGGACAAUCUCCAUUCAGGAAGCAUAAGGAAAGGGUCAAACGGGAUGAGAUUGACCGGAGAGUAAAGGAAGACCAGGAAACAUACUCAGACAAGUUCUCAGAGGAGGCAAAGUCCAUCUGCAGGAUGUUACUUGCUAAAAAUCCAGGGGAGCGACUGGGUUGCACUGAAGAUGGAGCUGCUGUUGUAAAGCAACAUCCUAUUUUCAAGAAUAUUAACUUCAAGAGGCUAGAAGCUAACAUGUUAGAACCUCCAUUCUUGCCAGAUCCACGUGCCGUGUAUUGUAAAGAUGUCCUGGACAUAGAGCAGUUCUCAACAGUAAAAGGAGUGAACCUGGAUACUACAGAUGAUGACUUCUAUUCCAAAUUUGUUACGGGUUGUGUCUCAAUCCCUUGGCAAAAUGAGAUGAUUGAAACGGGAUGCUUUGAAGAUAUCAACGCAUAUGAAACUGAUGGUACUGUGUCACCAGAGAGAGAGAGGUCUCCUAAGCCAAAGAGAGGCUUCUUUCACAGACUUUUUAGUGGAGAGGUCUGCUUUAAAUCCGAUUGCAGCGAUGAUGAGCAGGAGUCCUCCAGACUUUAAAUCAUUUUACUCUCAUCAGAAAGGAUGAGCAAACUUUAAAUGUUUUAUAUCUCUGUAGCAAAGUGUAUUAUAUAUAUUUUUUAUCUGAGUUCAAGGAUUUUUGUACAUUUGUACUUCAUUUGUUUUAAGAUGUAUAUUUUCACUAAAGCUUAAUUGUACAAAAAGCAAUGAGUGCCAUUUGAGUGCGUGUGUUUCUGUAUGUAUUUGAUUUAUCUUGAUUUUUAUUUUUUUUUCCAGUGGAAUGAAUGUAGAAAUACUAAAAGGAUUUUAAAGCACAGAGAUAAUAUCUAUGGUAUCAAUGUAACUUGACUUUGUAUGCUCCUGGUAAAACUCUUCUUGUUCAUUAGGAUCUUUAUUAGGAGUCUUCUUAACAGUAAAAUUGCUGUGCUGAUAAAUUUCAUAAUUCUGGUAUUAUCUGGCAGCAUGGCAGUGCUAUUACCUAAUGUAUCUCUCAAGCAACUGCUAAGGAAAAAAAGGAAUUCAGUGCACUGUGGCUAGCUAUUAUGAAUUGCUCUCUACUAUCUGGCUCUGCAGAAUGUCUUUCUGUAUUUCUAUAUAUAGAGAAUUCUGAACAUGUAGCUUAAUGCUGUAACCAACCGUAUUACUCCAUUCUUCGCCGUUCUACCCAUCUUCCACAUCCUCUCCAUACAGUUUCUUGACAUGGACCAUGCAAGUAAACCUAUGCCAAAAUUUUAUAACUAUAUUUUGAGUACUUUGCUAUCUUUCCUAAAAGGAUUUCUUUUUACCUGUGGGGACACCUUUUCAUUUUUUUCUGUAAAUGAGAUUGUUUACAACUCCGUGUAGGAUGUUACAGUUUUAUAAUGGGUUCAAAAACAAAGCAUAGGGUCUUGUUAGUAACCUCUUCGCUGUUUAUUAUGUUGUAAUACACAAUGUUGCAGAGUUGACAGCAAUCACUGCCAAUGAGAGAAGGACAAGGUAGUAUUAAGUAUCAAAUUUAAUUAUGUAAAUAAUCUUUUCUGUAACCUUAAAAAACUUAAACAUUAAAGCCUGCCUUUAAUGAUUGCUUAAUGCAGAUGUGGAGCUGGUAUUGAAGUUUUAGUUAUGAUUACCUGAUGUUCAUUAGCAAAACUGCUUCCAGCUGUUUGGAAGUUUGUCUAACUUCCUUUCUUUUGGACUCCAAGUAUGCCAGACUUCCUUUUUAUUUUGUAAAGUUUCCGGUAAAACUACUAAUCUGUGUAUGAGAAUGAAUUUAGGUAACACAUUUCAUUAAAAGCCUUUUCCGUUUUCAAAAUCUGAAUUAGGGAUUUGAAAUACAAUGGAAUAGCUCUUGGAGCUGGAGACGUGACUUCUUGUUACAUAUUUUGUUCUAUAUUCUGGAUAUUCAUCUCCACUGAGCAUGCAUUUUUUUUCCUCUCAAAUCUCUAGGGCACCAACCAGACCACACUUGUAUUAUACACAGAGAGCAACUCAAUAUCCCUCUACCUCAAAUAGGUCUCUGCUUGUGAUCCGCAGACCCACUGCAAGAAACUUAAGCUGCUUCUGGGAAACUCAAAAGAUACAUUUGAUACUCAAGCCUGUCGUCAGGUUUUAAUUCACAGUAUUUUGUCUCUAGUGACAAAUGUUUUAAUGGGUCAGAAUUUGAAAAAAGUUUUGAAAACGAGCGUGUUAACAGAAUCCUGCAGGGGCUGAGCUGCUGUCUACCUGAAAUUGUUCCUCUUGGCUGCUGUGCCAUGGAAAUGAGGAAUGAGGCUCUCUGCUGUGUUUUCAGUGCAUUUUUCCCACUGUCUGAAAGAGCAGAGGACAGCAAAAUGACUGCCAUAGAAAGUACAAAGGGAGAAAUUGGCAGAGGGAGAGUUUGAAUGAAUUACUGGAAGACAGUCUGAUGCAAUAGUGAAGGGAUGGGAAGCUUGACAGAAAGAGAAAUAUCUGAAGUAAGGGUGUUGGCUGGAACCAUUAUGUGUGAGACAAUGAGCUGGCAUGGUCUGACCUGACCCUCUUUAUUAUAUACCACAAUAACAGUAGGACUCCAAAAAGAUGGGAAUGGAAAAAUAGGGAAGUAACAAGUGUUUUUAUAAAUACCUACCUGGUUGGAGAAGUGAUCAUCUAGCUUUGAUUAAGAGGUAUAAUUUUUUAAGAUCUUAGGUUUGCUGUUCUGUAGCAAAAGUGACAUAUGGGGUGACAGUCUGGAUUUCAUGCCUGCUUAGACCAACUUGAAAUUUGGGCAAGAAUACCAUGGACACAAGCUGAGUAAUUCUUAUGAAGAAAAUAUAGGAAUUGGCUUUAAUAAAUAAAAAACCCCUGAAAGUCUGUUUAUCAUGUAUUUCAAUUUUUUUUUCCAUAUUUGGGGAGGGGGGGCAGAUCUUAACUUAAUAAAUAAAAUCAACUUCUCUGUUUUGGAGUGCUGAGACUUAACAUUUACUCUCCAGGGAUCUGUGAAGAAAAAAGGCCAGAUAAAGAGAAAAGGGAAGUUGUUGCUAAGAAAUGGUUAUUUAUAUGUCUGCUUCUUUGGACAGGGAACUCCAACCAUGCAAAAAAGCAGAGGAUUUGUUCAUUUUUGUGAAGCUUUAUUUUGUUUCAUUUCAAAAGUUUUCUUUCUUAUGUUCUGAAGAACAUGAUUUAAUUGUUUUUGAGUAACUGCAUGUUUGCAGGAUUAGGACCUAAACUCCUUUAGGUUUGUUUGCUUUUUUCCCCCUGUAGGUUCAAGAUGGCAUUUUUCUAUUAUAAAUUUGUCCCUUUUGGCUAGAAAUGUAACUACAUAAUAAUGACUAGGUAUUAUCUAUUGUGAAUCCCCUAAUGAACUAGAAAAGAUAAGAACCUGGAAGGAUCAGCAUCGCUCUCCUUGUAUGGUACUUGGAGAUUAAGAUGUUACGCUGUUUAACCUAAGGUGACUAACAUGGGUUAAAUCUCUUUACGGGGAUAUUAGUAGCUUGGAGAUGCAUUUUGAAAGUGGGGAAAAGAGUAAGGAGAGGGGAGAGCACCUGAAAGGAAAAUAUUUGUGUUAUACACUUAAUAAGAACUUUGCUCUUGAUUCUUAUGGGACACAACUGAGACAAAGAAAGGGGAAGGCAGCAGGUUGUGGUUACUGAUUCUGUACCCUUUUAUUUCCAUGAAGCUGUUUGGGGUUUUUUGGUUUGUUUUUUUUUUUUUUUUUAAAAAAAGCCAAUGCCAAUUCUUGUCAUUCAGAAUGACUUUACUAUACCUCCAUGAAUUCAAAUUGUAGAUUCAUGUGUUAGAAGGCUUUAAGACAAUCCACAGCCCAACUGCUUUGUUCUACUGGUGCAAGAUACGGAAAGAUCUAUGGAAUUCUGUGGAGACACUUAAGUGAGAUUAACCCUCCUUUUCUGUGGCUUGUGUUUCCAAGGAUUUGUGUAAGUCAGUCUUAAUGUCUGCUUGUGCAUACCUCAUGAAUCUAUAUAUUUAGAUCAAAAUUUUGAAACUGUGAAAUGAUGUACCAGUAUCUUAUUGGUUUACUUAAUGCUUUUGAAUGUUGUGACCAACAGAAUAGAAUCUUCAAGCCUCAGGGUUGUUCUCUUUCUAUAAAAAAAAAUUGUCUGCUUUUUUUUUUUUUUCAUUGUAGUGUUCAUAACAGAGAUGGUGUUAUGUUUCUGGAUUAUAACAACAACGAAACAGUCUCAGAUGAAAAAACGAGCACUUAAAAAUAAUGACUGUAGAAUAAUAAAUAGGAAAAAAACCCAUGGUAUUUCCAUAACCAAGAGAGCACUAUUGGCAAAUCUUAGCUUUUAAUAGAAGAUUUUGUAUGGCUUUUUAUUUCUGAAGCAUUCUUAAAACAAUAGAUUGGAAGGUUUGGGAUUAUGAAAGAGAAUUAUCUCCAUGUCAGAAUAAAAUUAUGUCUAAUUUGAGAAAUCAAUGAUAGAAGCUAUUUAAAACAACGAAAAUCCAUUUUUAGAAUGCACUUCAAUUACUUUUCAAACAAUACUGAUGUAAGAAAUUUCUCAUUGCCAUUCGUACAAAGAAUACUGUUUACAAGUUACUAAAAUAAGUCAAUAGAAGUAAUAUUAUUUUGCUUUGGUUUACAAUUUAGUAUUAUGCUAAUUUAACAUGGGAAUUACCACCUUCACUUUAAUAUAGAUUUUCAGAAAAUACUUUUCUUUAGGAAGUACUCAAAAAUGGAAGUAAAAUUUAAAAAUUAAUGGAAAGCAUGUUUAAGCUAAAUUAAUGUUUACUCGGAUUUGAAAUACCUACCCAUCUGAUUUUGGUGAUGAUGAUGUCUCUUCUGCUGAAUGUACAAUUCUUUUUUUAUUUCGUAAUUGUUCUUAUGGCAUAUCUUGAGUUUUGCACAUGAGAUGUAGGUAACUUUUCUCAUGUUCCACAUGUGUCCAAAACACCAGAAUUCUUUCCAAGUGUAGCAAAGCUGACUCUUAAAUGCGAUGCGUUAGUUCCAGUAUCUCCAAACCACUGAACUGUUCUUGUAUGAGCUGUUUUCCUGGAUGUUCUAGCAUUGUUAUUCCUGAAAUAAAAGCAAAACACUGCCACAUAUCUCAACCACA